AUGACGAAGUGGAACAUCAACAUUGACGCGCUCUUCACUACCAUACCUGCCAAAUCCGUCAACGAGGCAGAGCUUAUCAAAGUCAUCCCGGCUGCAAACGCAGGAUCUGCAGAGAUUUGCAAGCUUGUAAAGGACAAUAUUGGAGGAACCGAGGUUGUCUCAUUUUUGUUCCAAAAGAGACGCUUCCGUUACAAUCUGGAGAAGGGGUGUUUUACCCCCUUACAGUAUGUUCUUGAUACUGAACCAAAGCCAACGCUGGGAUACUUCCAGGAAUCUCGCGGUCUUACUUCGCUUGCCAAAGUUGAUGAUGUUCAACAGCAUUAUGGAGACAACACCUUUGACAUUCCGGUGCCCACCUUUGUAGAGCUCUUCAAGGAACAUGCGGUUGCUCCAUUUUUUGUCUUUCAAGUAUUCUGUGUGGGCCUCUGGCUUCUGGAUGAGUACUGGUACUAUUCGCUGUUUACCUUAGUUAUGUUGGUGGUAUUUGAGAGUACUGUGGUAUGGCAACGACAGAGAACACUUACGGAAUUCCGAGGCAUGAGCAUCAAGCCUUAUGAUAUCUGGGUUUUCAGAGAUAAUACAUGGGUCGAAGUGAGCAGCGAAAAACUCCUUCCAGGAGACCUAGUGUCAAUCAAUCGGACUAAAGAUGAUAGUGGGGUUCCAUGCGAUAUAUUACUUGUAUGGGGAAGCGCUAUCGUUAACGAAGCCAUGCUUUCUGGAGAGAGUACCCCUCUACUUAAGGAUUCUAUCCAGUUACGACCAGCCAAUGACCGGAUUGAACCAGAUGGCUUAGAUAAGAACUCGUUCCUAUACGGAGGCACUAAGGUCCUGCAAAUCACACAUCCGAAUGCGCAAGCUGGGCAAGAGAAUGGCUACCAGCCCUUAAAUGGGGCAUCUGCCGCACCUGACAAUGGUGCCCUUGGAAUCGUUAUCCGUACUGGCUUUGAAACCAGCCAGGGGAGCCUUGUUCGAACAAUGAUAUAUUCCACGGAACCUGUUUCUGCUAACAAUGUGGAAGCAUUCAUGUUCAUCCUCUUCCUCUUGAUCUUUGCCAUUGCAGCCUCUUGGUAUGUUUGGGUUGAAGGCGUUGCUCAAGAUCGAAAACGAUCCAAACUUCUUCUCGAUUGUGUUUUGAUUAUCACCAGUGUCGUACCCCCAGAGCUUCCAAUGGAACUGAGCCUUGCCGUCAAUACCAGUCUCGCGGCUCUCAGCAGAUUUGCAAUCUUCUGUACUGAACCAUUCAGAAUUCCAUAUGCUGGACGCGUUGAUAUUGCUUGCUUCGAUAAGACCGGGACUCUCACAGGAGAAGAUCUAGUGGUUGAUGGUAUUGCGGGCCUGACUCUUGGCCAAACCGGGGUACCCACAGACAAAUAUGGGGCACACACGACAGUCGCCAAAGUUACUGAUGUACAUGACAACACGACCCUCGUCCUGCCCUUGUGGCACGCACUAGUAAAGCUUGACGAAGGCGAGAUCGUUGGUGACCCAAUGGAAAAAGCGCUUGGCCAGAAUGAUACAUUGACAAGCAAAGCUGGUUCCGCUGGAAGAACAGGCGACAAUCUACUUGAAUCAGUUAACAUUAAACGAAGAUUCCAGUUUUCUUCAGCAUUGAAGCGCCAAAGCACUGUUGCUAUUGUGAACAUUCUCGACAAACGUUUAUCCAAGCGGUCCAAAGCUACCUUCGUUGGUGUCAAGGGAGCCCCUGAAACCAUAAGCACCAUGCUUGUGUCCACUCCUCCGUAUUACGAAGAAACGUUCAAGCAUUUUACCCGCAAUGGUGCAAGGGUCCUUGCAUUAGCAUACAAAUUCCUUUCCGACACCGAAAUUGGACAAAGUCGCAUUAACAACCUGAAGCGUGAAGAGGUUGAGUCGGGAUUGCAUUUUGCUGGGUUCCUAGUAUUACAAUGUCCGUUAAAAGACGACGCUAUCAAAGCCGUGCGAAUGCUCAACGAGAGUAGCCAUCGAGUUGUCAUGAUUACCGGAGACAAUCCUCUGACUGCCGUUCAUGUAGCGAAGAAAGUGGAAAUUAUCGACCGCGAAGUUCUCAUUCUUGAUGCCCCUGAACAUGAUACCAGUGGCACAAAGGUCGUAUGGCGAAGUGUGGACGAUAAAUUCAGCGUUGAUGUUGACCCCUCCAAACCAAUCGAUCCAUCUAUCCUAGCCGAGAAAGAUCUAUGCGUUACUGGAUAUGCCUUGGAAAAGUUCAGAGACCAACCAGGUCUCCUCGACUUAAUUCGAUAUACCUGGGUAUACUCCCGAGUGUCCCCCAAACAAAAAGAGGAGAUACUGCUCGCUAUGAACGAAGCUGGAUACACUACCUUGAUGUGUGGUGACGGUACCAACGAUGUCGGAGCCUUGAAACAGGCUCAUAUUGGUGUCGCCCUACUAAAUGGAACGCAAGAAGACCUCAAUAAAAUCUCUGAGCACUUCAGAAAUACAAAAAUGAAGGAGAUUUAUGAAAAGCAAGUGCAGCUGAUGCAAAGAUUCAACCAACCGGCUCCGCCCGUCCCAGUUCAUAUCGCCCAUCUGUAUCCACCUGGUGCGAACAACCCUCAUUAUGAGACGGCCAUGUUGCGUGAAGCCCAAAAGAAAAUCGCAGCUGGAACAGCACCUUCAGAUGCCAAUGGGGUACCAACUAUUACAUCUCCUGGAGCCCAAGCGUUACAACAGCCUGAUGACACCAACUUAACUCCUCAGCAACGAAAGCAAAAGCAAGCAUCUCUUGCUGCUUCGUCCCUGGCUGAUAAGUUAAGCGCCUCCAUGAUGGAAGGGAUGGAUGAGGACGAACCGCCGACUUUGAAACUCGGCGAUGCGUCCGUUGCUGCUCCUUUCACGAGUAAAUUGGCAAAUGUCAUUGCUAUCCCGAAUAUUAUUCGACAAGGACGUUGCACUCUAGUUGCCACAAUUCAGAUGUAUAAAAUUCUUGCACUAAACUGUCUAAUCAGUGCCUACAGCUUGAGUGUCAUUUACCUUGAUGGCAUUAAAUUCGGAGAUGGACAAGUCACUAUCAGUGGAAUGUUGAUGAGCGUGUGCUUCUUCUCCAUAUCUCGCGCAAAAGCAGUCGAAGGACUAUCGAAGGAACGACCCCAACCGAAUAUUUUCAACAUAUAUAUCAUGGGAUCAAUUCUGGGCCAGUUCGCGAUCCACAUUGUUACUCUGAUUUACAUUUCACAAUACGUAUACUCCAUCGAACCACGCAAGGAAAAGAUUGAUCUGGAGGGCGAAUUCGAGCCGUCACUUCUUAACAGUGCCAUCUAUCUGCUACAGCUUAUCCAGCAAAUUUCCACAUUCUCAAUCAACUAUCAGGGCCGGCCAUUCAGAGAGUCCAUUCGUGAAAAUCGCGCUAUGUACUGGGGACUCGUGUUAACCUCGGGUGUAGCGCUGUCUUGCGCGACCGAAUUUAUCCCAGAGCUCAACACUAAACUCAGACUGGUUCCAUUUGAACCUGGAUUCAGGGUCAGGCUCACACUGACCAUGAUCUUGGAUUACGUUGGUUGUUGGCUUGUGGAGAACAUACUGAAGACCAACUUCAGUGACUAUAAGCCAAAGGCUAUUGCCGUGAGGAGACCUGACCAACUUGCCGCCGAAGAAAAGAGGAAGCAAGAAGAAGAAGAGGACAAGGAAAAACAGAAAGAAGCCGAGAAGAGCACAUAG